AUGGCGAUGAUGAUGGCUGGCCGUGUGCUGCUGGUGUGUGCCCUCUGCGUGCUGUGGUGCGGUGCCUGCGGUGGCUACGCGUGGGAUUUUAAUGAUACGUUGAAUAAAUAUUAUUACGGAGCAAACGGCACGUACUGCAGGCUCAACAGCAACUUCUCUUUUUGCAACAAAAAAGGAGAUCCAAGUAAAGGCGAAGAAGCCGCCUCACAUAAGAGUAACGCUCAGAGCGGGACUGGGAGUGACCAAUCAAAUGCCGAUGGUUCCUCUGGGGGGCAGGGUCGCGGUUCGGAGGGAAAUGAUUUUCGUGGACCGGGAGGAGACUCCGGUACAAAAGAAUUAAAAAAUUCUGUAGGGGGAGAAACAACGCCAACACAACAAUCACCAUCAGCAACACAACCAUCAACGGUAUCGGAAGAUUUGCCGAAGCCAGCGGCACCGGGUGGACCAGAAGCCCCCGGCACGACGACAGAACUACAACCACCGCCGCAGUCACCGUUGCCGGCGGGAGGAACACCAACACCAACAACAGCAACACCGACUGCCGAUGGUUCUUCUGGGGGGCGGGACAACAGUUCGGAGAAAAAUGGUUCGGAUGAAUCGGAAGAAACAGACGAAGGCCCACAGGAGUCACAACCGCCGAAUGCGAACGUAACAGAAACACCAACACCAGCAACAGUCACCGCCGCUCAAACAAGUGCCACGAGGACGCCUGACGAGAGUGACGGCAGCACCGCGGCCUCCCACACCACCUCCCCUCUUCUGCUUUUUCUUGUUGCGUGUGCGGCUGCUGCUGCGGUGGUGGCCGCGUGA